GUUUUCAGGGCUUUACAGGAUUAACGCCAAGGAGGACUCCAAAAGCUCAUAGGGGAGUGUUUUCUGGAGACAUGGUGGAACCCGUUGGGAACCAGUAUGUUGUGGCUCGGCCACUGUACUCAGACCUGGCAUUUGAUGAAGAACAUCAGAAAGUGCCCAGAUACCAUAAAAACUUUGUGGACCAUCUCAGAGUAUGCUUUAGGUAAGAGACUUUUUUUGUAGACAUGGAUAAAAAAAUAAAAUGGUGCCAUGGGGUAAUUCUUCAGGUUUUCUUGGUAAGAUUUUCAGCUGGUUUCCGAAAAGAUUUCCAAUCAUUUGUUCCCCACUGGGUCCUGCAUAUAGCAUUCUGGCAUGUUAAAGGAGAAAACAAGAAAGAACCGCCAGCUUGAAGGACUCAUCUUAAUUCUCUGAGUAGUUCAAUGCACAAGGGACGCGGGUGGAGCUGUGGGUUAAACCACAGAGCCUAGGACUUGCUGAUCAGAAGGUCGACGGUUUGAAUCCCCACAAGGGGGUGAGCUCCCGUUGCUCAGUCCCUGCUCCUGCCAAUAUAGCAGUUUGAAAGCACAUCAAAGUGCAAGUAGAUAAAUAGGUACCGCUCCGGUGGGAAGGUAAACGGUGUUUCCGUGCGCUGCUCUGGUUCGCCAGAAGCGGCUUAGUCAUGCUGGCCACAUGACCCGGAAGCUGUACACCGGCUCCCUCGGCCAAUAAAGCGAGAUGAGUGCCACAACCCCAGAGUCGGCCACGACUGGAUCUAAUGGUCAGGGGUCCCUUUACCUUUACCUAGUUCAAUGCACAUAACCAAACUGCUACUCAAAUCAAUCCCAUUCGCAUAAUGCUCUGUGACCCAUCCAAACAAGGAGGCAAGACCAAUCCUGAAGAGUGCGGGAGACAAUACAGUGGUACCUCUGGUUAAGAACUUAAUUUGUUCUGGAGAUGCAUGCUUAACCUGAAACUGUUCUUAACCUGAGGUACCACUUUAGCUAAUGGGGCCUCCUGCCGCCGCUGCCACUGCGCGAUUUGUAUUCUCAUCCUAAAGCAAAGUUCUUAACCCGAGGUACUAUUUCUGGGUUAGCGGAGUCUGUAACCUGAAGCAUCUGUAACCUGAAGCGUCUAUAAUCCAAGGUACCACUAUAUAAUAUUAUCCCUACACGUCAAGGCUGGCCCAGGACCUUUUGCCACCUGAGAUGAAAGACAAGAGAUUUCCACUACAUUUCCUUGUUCAGAAGCUGUCUGGGCUGGCGGCUGAAUCUUUGGCUGUGUACAUGUUGCCAGUUACUCUGGCUGCACUGCCGGUGCAUGUACACACGGUGUUGCCCAGAGCUAACCUGUAGUUUCUUAAAUGCUGCUGUGUUGCUUGAUGCUUUUUCUCUCAAACCAGCAUCGGUCUGAAAGGAACCCUCAAGCCACAUUCAUUUCACAGCUAAGCAGAGGUGUGUACGUUUGAUUUAGCCGUUGCCCAUGGGCAGAUGGCAACGCAGAAGGAGCUGUCAGAAAAUCAAGAUCCAAAAACCAAGAUCAAGCGAGCUAUUGGCCCCUUCCGCGCUAUCAGAAGUUUCUGUCCUCCCUGAGCAUUCCUUAUCGUAAACCACUCUGGAAAUAUUUGAACCAGAGAACAACAUAGGAGGGUUUUAAGAGAUCAACAAACAAGUAGGCCCGGACCUAGUGCACUCCAAAUGCACUGGUAUCGUGUUAAGAAUGUGUUGCUGAAUAAUACCACAAUAAAACACCAGUCUAUGGGGCCAUAACAAUGCAAUUCUAACCAUAGUAUGUAAGACAUCCUGAGUUCAAUGAGGCUUACUCCCGCCCAGGUAAGUGGGUUUGGGCUUGCAGACCCUCCAAGUGCCCCUGUUUUCCAGGGACAGUCCCGGAUUUACAGAAGCUAUCCCGGUUUCUGAUUUGAUCCUGAAAUGUCCCGCUUUUCUUUAGGACUUUUGUAUUUUCAUCAGAGAAAUGUUUGAGGGUAGGAAGUUAUGUGACCCCGGAGCCAAGGGGAUAAGUAACUAUACAACCUUUUGAAGACAUCUGAAGGCAGCCCUGUAUAGUUAAUGUUUAAUGUUUUAUCAUGUUUUUAAAUAUGUUGGAAGCCGUCCAGAGUGGCAGGGGCAACCCAGUCAGAUGGGCAGGGUAUAAAUAAUAAAUGUUGUUGUUGUUGAAUUAGACGUUCCUAUUUUCAUCAGAAAAAUGAUGAAGGGCAUAAUUUACUGUCUUCAAAACAAAGUUUGGGUAUUUGCAGGUUCUUUGCUUCUGCUUAGAGUUUCCUGAUGAAAAAGGUAUCGUCGUCUUGGUAGCAAACAUUUUUUUCCGUUAUAUACAUUCUCAUCCUUUUAUUAGACCCAGCUGGGGACAUCAGUAGUUUAACUUUUGCAUGAUUCAAUCAUUCUCUUUUCAGCUGCACUCCACAAAAAGCAAAGAAAGUAGCUUUUAAUUUGCUUCCUGUCAUCUCCUGGCUACCUGCCUACCGCUUCAAAGACUGGAUUCUCAGCGACAUUGUUUCAGGAAUUAGCACGGGGCUCGUAGCUGUUCUACAAGGUAAAUAUUUUCAGUUCUUUCAUAAAUGGCGCAUCAUUUAUUUUCAUAUUAGCGGUUCCUCUAUAUCGUCGGUUGGGAAUCCGUGGCUCUCCGGAUGUUCAGCUCGACUACAUCUCCCAUCAUCCCUGACCAUUGACCAGGCUGGUGAGGGGUUAUGGGAGUUGGAGUCCAACAGGUUCUGGAAGGUAGCCAACUGCUCACCUCUCCCCUACAUGCAAUCAUAUUCUCCAAGGUGAUGCACUUUUUCUUCUUUCUAAUUUUAGGCCUAGCAUUUGCUUUGCUGGUAAACAUUCCUCCAGGCUAUGGACUCUAUGCAGCCUUUUUCCCAGUGAUUAUAUAUUUUUUCUUCGGCUCUUCCAGACAUAUAUCGGUUGGUAAGUUGAACGGCAUUCCAAGGGACCGUGGCACGGUGCCACCUUCUCCAAGAUUUUAAUUCACCUUACCUAGACUUCUUCCAAUAGAACAUACUGUAGCUACGCAUCACUUGUAAGAAUGACUGCUCCAGUACAUUGUGUGAUAAGAGAGCCAAUAGUGCUAUUGGCACAACACCAUAAAACAAGAAGCUAUACCACCAUGGUGAUAUUUUGAUAGAAUCACAUGCAGAUAUGUCAGCAUAAAUAUUUAGGAGCAGGGUGAUUUCAGUGGGUAUCGCAGAAAGAAACAUGGAACAGGUAAAGAAUAGGACUGUAAUUUAUGUGCAUGGAGCCGAUAAUGUCCCAUCUACUUUCAUGAUGGGAAAUAUUCCAUGUCUACAAAGCAUUUCCUACCACUUAAGGGGAGAGCUCCUUUUCUCAUGGAGCAUGCACACCAGAAAGGUGCUCUCAUGUACCCUAGAUCACUUAGUCAGAGGUGAUUUGACUAAAGGCCUGCUCACACAGAGGCCUACGUAAGUCGGUCCCAUUGAUGUGAUCUGUCCACUACAUGUAUGUGUAAACACACACACAGAGAGAGAGAGAGAGAAAAAGAGAGAGAGAGAGAGAGAGAGAGAGAGAGAGAGAGAGAGAGGCAUUUGCUUCCAGUCACAAUGCAGUGGAUUUUUAUCAACAACCAUGUUAUGGAAUCAUAGAAGUGGAGGGGGCCUCGUGAGUCAUCUAGUCCAACUUCCCGCUUAAUGAAAGAAAUCUUGAAGCAGAGAAUCCUUUAAAAAUGGCGGUCGAGCCUCUGCUGGAAGACCUUCAGUGGAGGAGAGCCCACCAUUCCUCUAGGUCAGUGUUUCCCAAACUUGGGCCGCCAUCUGUUUUUGGACUACAGUCCCCAUCAUCCCUGACCACUGGUCCUGCUAGCUAGGGAUGAUGGGAGUUGUAGUCCAAAAACAGCUGGAGACCCAAGUUUGGGAAACACUGCUCUAGGUCAAGGGUGGGGAACCUUUGCCCUCCAGAUGUUGCUGGACUACAACUCACAGCAUCCCUGACUAUUGGCCACGUUGGCUGGGCUUGAUGGGAGUUGGAGUCAACAGCACCUUGGUGACCCAACAGCUCCCCAUCUCUGUUUGUGUUAAUCGGCUUCGUUGUUGAACCAUCAAGAGGUUACCCAGAAAACAAAAUUCAGGAUGAAGAACAUGGUGUGAUCUGAAUGGCUGAGAAACACCUUAACAAAUGGAGGGGGAUUCUAAUCCUAUUUACUCUGUGCUCACACACUUAAGAGUGCAUGGCCCAAGUUUCUCUUAUUGAUAGGAUCUUUUAAGCUGAAGCUCUUACAAUGCUAACAAUGUCCACACAGGUCCUUUUCCUGUCCUGAGCUUGAUGGUAGGCGGCGCCGUUAUACGAAUAGUCCCAGAUCCAGUGAGUAACAGCACGCUAGCAAACAGUACAUUGAUGGAUGAGAUAAAUCAGAAGAGAGUCGUGGUGGCCGCAUCGGUGACUAUGCUUGCGGGCAUCUUUCAGGUAAGUAUUUCCAAGCAAUAUCUGUAACUCUUGUCUUCAUCUGUUUAUCCAUCCCUGAUGCUCCAAUCCAUCCAAGCAUUAGAUCAUGCCACAAAAUCACUCCAUAGUGUCCUGUGAGAAGAAAGUAAGCACACUGUUGAAAAGGGCCAGCGACACAGGUCACUCUAAUGCCCAGAUGCUCCCUUUGCACCUUACACGAGUCAGUUCAUGGGCCGUUGUUCCAAUGGAUGGAAAGCCCUAUAUGGUUAUUGACCAUAAUACUUUAAGGACCACCUCUCCCCAUAUGAACCAGCCUGAACUCUGAGGUCUUCGUCAGAAGUUCUUCUUCACAUGCCUCACCCAAGGGAGGUGCAGAGGGUGACCAUAUGAGAAACAGGUCUUUUCAAUGGUGGCCUCUCCAUUUGCGGAAUGAUAUUCCCAAGUAGACUCGCCUGGCACCAUCCUUGUCUGUCUUUAGGCACCAGGCUAAGAAUUUUUUUGUUUUGUUUACCUGGGUCUUUGGUUAAUUAGGUUGCCUCCAAAGGUAGUGCUUAUCUUUUAGCGAGCAGGGGGACAGGACUUGUUCUUAGUAAUAUUUUACUGGGUGAGCGUUUUAUGUCUUUUGUAUUGCUUUGACACUUUUUCUGGUUUUAAGUUCCCAGCAUGCAGUUGGACCAGGGAUCAGGGAGGGAGCAUUUCAGUGUGAUUGUGAAGCCACCACAGGGUGUUCUCAUGGCACCUAGCCCCACAUGAGGGAGUGUGAUGAUGUAAGAAAAUGUACAUGAAGAGCACUUUUUAAAAAGCCCGGUUUAUAGAUACUAAGCAGUAAUAUCAGGAGACUAGCAAGAUUGCUGUUUCUUUUCUCUUCUCCCCCUCCCCCCCAAUUCUUAAGACCUUUAUUAAGAGAUGCUUGCCGUUUGACUUGAAAAAAUCAGGUGUAUAUUUCAUACAAAUUAUAAAUGAGGUUCUUAAAAAUCCAAACUCACCAGUUAUGAAACAAUUAAAAAAUCUUUAAAGGUGUAUUGAGAAAAAACAGGCCUUUAAAAAAUAUGUUUGUCGCUCCAAAAAGGAGACCACUUUAGGUAAAAAUAAUAAAAAUCCCAUAAUGUUUCUUUUCUGUUCUGCUUCCAUAAAAGCAGCAUUUGUUUCUUUAUGUCUCUUCCAGCUGCUGUUGGGUGUGCUGAGAGUCGGCUUCAUUGUUAUCUACUUAUCCCAAUCAUUGAUAAGCGGAUUCACAACAGCUGCAGCCAUCCAUGUUGUUGUGUCCCAACUGAAAUUCAUCUUUCAGCUGACGGUUCCUGGAUAUAAUAUACCUUUGGGAAUUAUAUGGGUGAGUGUUUUUGACCCGCACCCGAUUAUUCCUUGGGAGCGCCACCACUUUCUCUAGCUAUUGUGAGGUAUUUGAGAAGUAAUCACAAGAAAUUCUUUUAAAUACCCUGGUGACUUUUUGCAGUUAAAAAACUUGUCUCCAGCCCUUGCAAGCUCCUUUUUGCUUAGCCUGUGGGUUAAACCACAGAGCCUAGGAUUUGCCGAUCAGAAGGUCGGCGGUUUGAAUCCCCGCGACGGGGUGAGCUCCCGUUGCUCAGUCCCUGCUCCUGCCAACCUAGCAGUUAAAAAGCACACCAAGUGCAAGUAGAUAGAUAGGUACCGCUCCAGCGGGAAGGUAAACGGCGUUUCCGUGCGCUGCUCUGGUUCGCCAGAAGCGGCUUAGUCAUGCUGGCCGCCUCCCUCGGCCAAUAAAGCGAGAUGAGUGCCACAACCCUAGAGUCGUCCGAGACUGGACCUAACGGUCAGGGUCCCCAGCCCAACGUUUGCAAUAUCAAUUCAUAUAUUAUAUAAGCAGCUCAGUGCAGUAUUCUUUAUUCCUCCUUCCACCGCCUAUAAGUGAUGGACUCUGAGGCAUCCAUUAUCAUUACAACCUUAAUAGUGCUUAAAACAAGAGAUACAAUUGCUAAAGUAAAUUACCGCAACCCUUUCCUGCAUCAUGGUUGUUGUUGUUGUUUUUGUGUGUGCAACAGACGCUGAAAGGUAUAUUCGAGCAGAUUACAAAAACGAACAUUGCAGACCUUGUCACUUCGCUGAUCAUCUUGGUCAUCGUGUUUUUCGUGAAAGAAUUGAAUGAACGUUACAAAACCAAGCUCCCAGCACCUAUCCCCAUUGAACUCAUUGUGGUAAUUGUUAAUCUCUCUCUGUUUUUGUUGUUUUUUUAAAAGGAGGGGGAACCAAGAGUUAUUUAUUUGUUUGUUUACACCAGGGGUCAGCAAACUUUUUCAGCCGGGGGCCGGUCCACUGUCCCUCAGACCUUGUGAGGGGCCAGACUAUAUUUUUUUUGGGGGGGGGAAUCAAGAACGAAUUCCUAUGCUCCACAAAUAACCCAGAGAUGCAUUUUAAAUAAAAGGACACAUUCUACUCAUGUAAAAACAUGUUGAUUCCCGGACCAUCUGUGGGCCAGAUUUAGAAGGCGAUUGGGCCAGAUCCGGCCCCCGGGCCUUAGUUUGCCAACCCAUGGUUUACACAGCUGGUCCUACAUACUGAUGCAAACCAUUACACUUCUGUUCAGCUCGAGGAAAAUAAUAUUGUUAUAUAAAAAGAAAGAAAGAAAAAGAGAGAAACCUAUAAUCCUCUUCGGUUGGUGUUUUCCUGGUGUAUCAGGUUGUCUUUUAUGAGGAAUUACAGCUCAUUUAAAAUUGCAUCACACUAUAGUUAACAAGAUGGGUGGCGCUGUGGUCUAAACCACAGAGCCUAGGGCUUGCCGAUCGGAAGGUUGGCAGUUCAAAUCCCCGUGAUGGGGUGAGCUCCCAUUGUUCGGUCCCAGCUCCAGCCCACCUAGCAGUUCGAAAGCACAUCAAGUGCAAGUAGAUAAAUUGGUACCACUCUGGCAGGAAAGGCAAACGGCGUUUCUGUGCGCUGCUCUGGUUUCACCAGAAGUGGCUUAGUCAUGCUGACCACAUGACCCUGAAACUGUCUGCGGACAAACGCUGGCUCCCUCGGCCAGUAAAGCGAGAUGAGCGCCACAACCCCAGAGUCUUCCAUGACUGGACCUAACAGUCAGGGGUACCUUUACCUUUAUAGUUAACAAGAUAGGUUUAGCAAACUAUGGGCACAGCAGAAGCCGUGUGCAAGGACUUCUGUUUGUGCAACAAAGCUUAUCCCACUGUCCCCUCCAAACAACCCAAAAUUGCCACAGGGGGCUUGGGAUGCACAAAACAGAUGGAAUGUUUGUCAUGGUGCGACACUGAAUUCUGCCCUGUGUUACAAUAUUUUUGACAAGGUCACCGCAAAAACGAUGCCAAACUGUUAUUAUUGUGAUGGACUACAACAAGGUGCCAGCCCCCCUCCCCAUGUCAAUAUAUUUCAAUAUAGCCUGGGCUUGUUUGGCUAUUUUAAUGAACUCUUUAUGUCUGGAGCCUCAGGUGUAAUCAGCUAAUAUAAAUGUAAGUAGCUAAGAUAAAUAUGACAAUAUGGAGGCAAGUAUUAUGGCAAAGGUUUAGCAAAUGGAAGAUAUGUCCACUCGCUAGCUGAGAAACACCUUGCUGAAAUCUUAUGCCGGCUACUUUGCUUCUUUCCAGACUGUCAUCGCAACUGGGUUAUCCUAUGGUUUUGAUUUCAAAGGGAAAUUCCAGGUAGACACUAUUGGAAAGCUUGAAAAGGGGUAAGUACACCCUAUUCUUGAAUGGGAAUGGUAGUGCCACAAAUUUAAGAUAAAAAGCUUUCCAUCCCAAGUGAAGUUUUGGGGAACGUAUUUACCACACCUUGACCCAAAUAUAGAAGGACAGUUAAAUGCUUUGUAAAUGGGUCCUGAGCUAUCGGUCAUCCAUGAGUUUAAUGAGAGGUAUUAAUAUGACCAGUCACCUUCGGAACAAAAAAAUUCACCAUCUCCGAUGGUAUUCUUCAGAAGGAGGUCUCUGGAGGCUUUCUAGUCUUGGGAUUUAUUUUCAAAGAAACAGACUGAGACAGCCAAAGCCUACUUGUUCCCACACAGGAUCUCCAGAGGGUGACAACCAGCCCCACCCCCAAUGCAUUACAGUGGUACCUUGGUUCGCAAACUUAAUCCGUUCCGGAAAUCUGUUCCAAAACCAAAGCGUUCCAAAACCAAGGCACGCUUUCCCAUAGAAAGUAAUGCAAAACGGAUUAAUCCAUUCCAGACUUUUAAAAACAACCCCUAAAACAGCCAUUUAACAUGAAUUUUACUAUCUAACGAGACCAUUGAUCCAUUAAAUGAAAGCAAUAAACAAUGUACUGCAGUCAUACAAUCAAUCAAUCAAUCAAUCAGUAGCGGAACUGGGUUCCACACAGUCACAAAAACGAAACAAAAAAGCCUGCAAAAACAAAAACGCAAAUAAAUAGCAAAAACAGACAGACCUCAGUGUAACACUCAAAAUGGAAGUGUGGCACUCAAAACGGAGCACGUUCGGCUUCUGAAAAAAGUUCGCAAACUGGAACACUUACUUCCGGGUUUGCAGUGUUUGGGUUCCAAGUUGUUUGAGUACCAAGGCAUUUGAGAAGCAAGGUACCACUGUAUACUGUUAUCUCACAGGGCCCGAUGCUCUGCUUUCCUCUUCUCUGUUGCUCCCUGGGUCCAUCUUGUUUUCUGACCCAAACGACUGUUUCUAUUAUUUCUUUUCACACGGAGACUGAAGUAUAUCCACCUUAGCUGGGGGUGGAAGGAAAGAGACAAAGGGAAGUGUCGUUUCAGGACCGUCCAGUUAUUUCUUGAAAAGGCAAUAACAAAAGCCAGCCUUGGGGUGGAGGAGAAGAGAGAGCCAUUAUUAUCAUAGCGUAGACCGUAUCUGCCGCUGUUGUUUCCAAUCCUGGUGGUGCUGGUUCAUGGUGGGGGUGGCUGUGGAAGCUCAGGCUCAUUGACCUGCAUUAAAAAGGUAAAGGGGCCCCUGACCAUCAGUUCCAGUCGUGACCGACUCUGGGGUUGCGGCGCUCAUCUCACUUUAUUGGCCAAGGGAGCCAGCGUACAGCUUCCGGGUCAUGUGGCCAGAAUGACUAAGCCGCUUCUGGCGAACCAGAGCAGCACACGGAAACGCCGUUUACCUUCCUGCCGGAGCGGUACCUAUUUAUCUGCUUGCACUUUGACAUGCUUUCGAACUGCUAGGUUGGCAGGAGCAGGGACCGAGCAACAGGAGCUCACCCCGUCACGGGGAUUCGAACCGCUGACCUUCUGAUCAGCAAGUCCUAGGCUCUGUGGUUUAACCCACAGCGCCACCCGUGUCCCAGCUUGACCUGCAUUAAGAGACAGCAAAAAUGGAGUCAAUUCACUCUGUCCUGUCCAUAUUAAAGUCAGUCACACUUGCGAACACUGUGGAUUGUGCUGUGUGUGAUACACGCACAUGGAGGCAGCACAACACAUCUUUCUUAACAUGCUACAAAGGCUAUUUAUGCCCUGCUUUUUUAAACCCCACCUCUGACCUUUGCUUUCAGGUUUCAGGCUCCUUUUUCACCAGAUGUAGGUAUCUUUGAAAGCUGUGUGGGUGACGGUUUCGCUAUUGCGAUCGUUGGCUUUGCUGUGGCCUUUUCCGUGGCGAAGGUGUAUUCCAUAAAGCACGAUUACCCCAUCGAUGCUAACCAGGUAAGUGAUCGCUGCAGAUGCCAGUUCUACAUUUAAAGAACCUAGGAUCUUGAGAGGAAUGUGAAUACUUUUGAAGAAAAUAAAUAAAUUGCCAGAGAAAAAAGGCUUACGAAAUGCCUUGUCUGGUCAUAAUAUAUAAAUAUCAUUUUGGUGUUUUUGAAGGAAUUAAUCGCCUUUGGAAUAGGCAAUCUCUUUGGCGGUGCGUUCAAAGGUUUUGCUGCAAGCACUUCGCUGUCCAGGUCGGGUGUGCAAGAAAGCACAGGAGGCAAAACACAAGUAGGUAUUGGAUAAGACAAGAUCUUGCACUAACUGAAUUUGAGAAAGCAGUAUUCUAGGAUGCAGACUGACAAUGGGCUUUUCUCAUGCAGAUUGCUGGACUCCUCUCAGCUGUCAUUGUCUUGAUUGUCAUCUUGGCCAUAGGUCAUCUUUUGGAACCAUUGCAGAAGGUACGGACUUCUAUGUGAAUAACAGCCAUUCAACAAAUAAUGCCAUUCUUUCCAAUGGGACGGAACAAAAACUGUAGCAUCGCCAGUGGAACCUAACGCCAUGCUUGCCAGAUAUUCCCCAGAUCUACAUAGAGUCAUUUUCUGUGCAAGGAAUUACCUGGCAGCAGGAAAGCAAGGCUCCAAAAUGGCCCACAUUUUUUCACUUCCUGAGCUAGAGAAUAAAAACAACGCCCCACUUCCCAAUAACAAUGGUAAUAGUAAAAAUAACUGGCAAUUUGCCAUGUCUCAAUGCCCCAGAUUUGUUCUGCCUAACAGUAUAGGUGUUUCUGUUGGGGUCUAUAUGGUUUACUUGACAUCUACACCAUACAUUUAAAUCAAAUUUAUAUCGCUUUACUGGUCAUGGCUCCCCACCCCCACCCCCCCGUCUGGAAUCUUAGAGACUAUAGUUUACUCCUUGCAGAGCUACAAAUCCCAGCACCCCAAACAAACUGAAAAUCCCAGAAUUAUUUGGGGGAAUGAACUUUAAAUCUCUGGUGUGGCUGGAACACCUAGUCUCAUCACAGGGUUUUAGAGAGAAUCAAGGUCCUUCUAUAGAAUAAUUAAGUGUGUAAGAAGGCCUCUCAUCUCCAAUUAAAAAAAAAAAAAGUAUUGCUGGGUUAUUCUGACCAUGCUUAAUAUUUUAGCACUUUCCUCAUCGUGGGCAAGUGGGGGGGGGAAGGUAUAUUUGGUGCCACUAUUUUUCCCCUCAUGGUGAAUAUUUCAUGUUGCAGUAUAUGCAUUACACACAGCGAAGUUUGACACCAUAGUGGUGGAAGGAAGCAAGGAGGAAACAGGGGAGAGAAGCAGCAACACUCUGGGAAUCACAGCAUUUUAGUACACACAGUACUAUUCCCCCCCAUCUGACCUUAAACAUGGGUCUCAGCUAUACAGCUGCAAAUAUAACGUUUUAAGUGCGUUUUAAGUGCAUUACACCAAUGUGACACUAGGUGGCGAUGGUGAGCGUAUGACAAAUUCCAAAUAUUUUUCGAAAAAGAUUAUUUUUUUUUUUAAAAAAAGCAAUUUCACAGCGUUUUUUAAAAUAUGUGUCUAGAUUCCACCAUGAAGUGUGUUUUGUUUUUUCAUUGGCAGUCAGUCCUCGCAGCUUUGGCUCUGGGCAAUUUAAAGGGAAUGCUGAUGCAGUUCAAGGAGAUCAAGAUUUUGUGGGGCAAGGACAGAUACGACUGCGUAAGUAUCCAUAACAACAGAAACCUCGCUGUGAAAGACUCUUGAAAUCCCUCCUUUAAAACUGAUUGUGAAAGGUGGUCAUUCAGAAAAUUGUUGCCUUUUGAGUUUCGCCAGACAGAACAAGGAAUUCUGACAUGGGGGGGGAGAGGCAUAAAUGUUGUGAGGAUCCUAUGCCCUUUUAAAAUGUGGGUUUUUGGGGUGGGGGUUUGGUUUUUGGGUUGUUGUUUUUAUUUUGAUUAUGUAUUUUGUGGUUUUAUCUUUUGAUUUUAUUCUGUGACACGCCAUUGAGACCUCCGGGUAUAGGGCGGUGUAGUAAUAAUAAUAAUAAUAAUAAUAAUAAUAAUAAUAUAAUUUGCACUCAUUGGUCCCCUUGUAGCGAGCUUUGUUUUAUAUUUGUUAGGAGAAAUGCUUCACAAAUCCAUAGCACCCACUUAAUGCAAUUGCACUUAGUCAAUAGAACUGGAACGCAUUCAUGAUAUGUACCGUAUUUUUCGCUCCAUAAGACGCACCUGACCAUAAGACGCACCUAGUUUUUAGAGGAGGAAAGGGGGAAAACCCCCUUUUUUGAGGAUCAGCUCAAAGUUGUUGAACUUACUUUGCAAAGGGGGAAAAUCCUGUUUUUAUGGGGUUCAACUCACAGUUCUGCAACUUCUUUAGGAAAGGAAAGGGAGCUGUUUCUACAGUUUCCAGACAGAUAAUCUAAUCAGUCAGUCACAUGGCGCUGUGGAAACAAACAGCCCCCGUCUGCAGAACAUUCAACAAUGGAGGCCUGGGCAAGGAGGUGGAGCCAGAAAGGGAGCUAGCGAUUGACCACACAUUCGCUCCACAAGACGCACAGACAUUUCCCCUUAUUUUUUAGGAGAAAAGUGUGUCUUAUAGAGUGAAAAAUAUGGCAUUCCACAGUAAGAGCAAUAGUUUUCAAAAGGCCUAACUAUAAGAAGGCCAAGCUCAGCAUGCAUACAAAACCUGCGCUAUCACAGAGGCAGCUCAACAAUCCAUACGCUCCAAAACCCAAGAAAAGCGUUUCGGUUGCAUCAAUGCCAUACAUCGGAAGUGUAUUUAAUGCAGAUCUAAAGCACAUGGCUUCCUCCAAAGAAUCAUGGGAGCUGCAGUUUCUUUAGGAUGCUGUCACGCGGUGGAGGGGUAAACAACAGUUUCCAGAAUGCCUUUGGGGGAAACCAUGUGUUUUAAGGUGGUGCGGGUGGCUCUGUGGUUUAAACCACUGUGGCGCUUGGAUUUGCCAAUCGGAAGGUCGGCGGUUCGAAUCCCCACGACAGGGUGAGCGCCCGUUGCUCGGUCCCAGCUCCUGCCAACCUAGCAGUUCGAAAGCAUGACGUGCAAGUAGAUAAAUGUGUCCAUGAUACCUGAUUGUUCAAUAUCUAUCUAUGUUUCUCAGCUUAUCUGGAUCGUGACCUUCCUUGCUGGCAUCUUACUGGGUCUGGAUCUCGGGUUGGCAGCUGGAGUAGGAUUCGAACUCCUCACUGUUAUAUUCCGUGCACAAUUGUGAGUCCAUCUUCCUAACUUGUCAGAUUCAUGUAAUAAUUAUUAAUUUAAAAAUAAUAAUUAAAAAUGCAAUCCAUACAGUUAAAUGGUUAAAAGAAAAAAAAGAUUAACGGAAGACAGAAGACAGAGGCAUAGCGUGGGGGGUGCCAUGGCCCCAGGCGCAAUUUUAAGACGGGGUGCCAACAAGCAGCCCCACAGCAGGCUCCUUCAUCGGAGCCUGGCUCCGCGGCAGAAGGAACUGCGCCUUAGCUGUGGAGCUUGGGCCUGACACCGCUGCCCCCCCCAUGUUUUUUAUACAAGUUGGCACCCCUGCGUCACAGCAAACAUUUUCAUAGAGUAAAAUGCUGCAGGAUGUAUUGAGUGUCUACCAAACUCCCAUAAUGCUGCAAUCCUAUGUACAUUAACUUGAGAAUAUAAGUCCCAUUGGACUUUCUGAGCGUUAGGAUUGGUCAAACAUAAACACGUAUCAGUUUAAUACCAGGAUAUCCUAGCUGACUCCCCUCCCCAGAAAAAUCCAGAAAUUUAUAAUUUGAUGAGGCUAUGGAGAACUUACUGCUAGAAAGAGAACGACAUCCCCUUACAGAAUUGCAGCUAUCAGGGCUUCGUAGGGCAAGGAAAUUACUUUGCUAAAGUCUCUCCUCCUCCCAGAAGGGAGGGGUUGUGAUCUGGAGCCGUUCCCAUGCUUCGCAGGGGGCGUUCCGGCCCCUGCUUGCCGUCAUUGCUGCCGCGCCACGCUCCCCAGUCAGUCUUCCAAUCGGAGGGAAGCUCGGGGGCGGGGUUUAGCCGCUCAAAUGCGGCCGCGGCAGCUCUUUCCUCUCAUUGCGCUGCCAGGUUUCAAUGGGUCACCCACCCACCCUUCCCUUUAGUUCAUCGCUUCAUGCUUGACCUUGCUAUGGACCUCUGGUUGGUCGCCUUGGUUGCCCAAGGGGGCUGGUAGGAGUUUUUACCCAAUUGGCAAAUUGGCACUGGCCACUUGGUUUGUCGCCUACCUCGUAGCAAAUCGUCACAACUUUCUGGUAUUGGCGGUUAGGCAUUGGAAUAUGUUGUUGGUGUAUGGAAGGGCAGAGUGUGGCCAUCGCCUACCCCUUCACUUUACGGGGAUUCCGUUAAAGGAAUCCGGCGGUCGUGGAUCCUGUCCGAUGCCCUGCUGGUGGCUGGGGGCCAUGGCACGACCCCCGGUGACAUCAGGGGAGAGCUUACAGUUGUAUUUGCAUCAACAGGCUCCCCCUACUGGUGGUUAACCCUUGUUAGACUCACCCCUUCCUGAGGGGGUGGAGUCACGCUCUGUUGUUUUAUCCAAUGCCUAUGCCAAUACCUCUCACAUGCUGUAAUCAAUAAAGUUGUGGCCUUUUCUAGCCCAUUAACCUAAUAUACUGUGUCCUUGUGUCUUUCUUAUCCCCAAGCUGGGGGCGGUGGGUCCUUGAAUCACAAGUUGGUUUAAACUUAACAAUACCGUUCUAUACAUGGGGAACCAAUGGCCCUACAGUUGUUGGACUACAAGUCCCAUCAAAGGCGUUCAUCUUUAUUGAAAUGGAAGUCUGAUGAAUACCCCUUACGGUGUGUUAGUCAACUCAUUUGAUUUUUCUAUUUGUUUUUCAGUCCAAAAUGCACAGUUUUGGCUAAUGUUGGAAGAAGCGACAUCUACAGAAACAGGAAGGAUUAUACAGAUGUAAGAACCUGAUUCUUGGUUGCAGUAGCUGGUGUCUGCCUGUUGAUUGUGAAACGAUGUGCUAAACUAAUAUGCGUAUUUUUGACCUAGAUAUAUGAGCCAGAGGGAGUGAAAAUUUUCAGAUGCCCAUCCCCAAUCUUCUUUGCUAAUAUUGAAUUCUUCAAGGACAAAUUGAUUGCAGCGGUAAGCAUAUUGUUAUAGAUUUGGGGAGGAGACCCCCUGAAACACUAGAAAUUAAUAAAUGGUAGGAUUUUGAUUACAGUGGUACCUUGGUUCUUGAACAGCUUGGCUUCCGAAUGCCACAAACCCAGAAGUAAGUGUUCUGGUUUUCAAACGUUUUUUGGAAGCUGAAUGUCCAACGCGGCUUCCACUUGAGUAAAGGAACAUCCUGCAGCCAAUUGGAAGUCACACCUUGGUUUUUGAAUGGUUUGGGGAGUUGAACAGACUCCCAGAACAGAUUAAUUUCGAGAACCAAGGUACCCACUGUAUUUGGAAUGUGAAGGGAGAAAUACAAGCUGCAGAGGAAUUCCUGGAAUAACCUAUGCAAGACGACCUGGCCAUGCUGGGGCCAUUACGAAACAAGACAGGGCCAUUGAGGACCAUUGGCAAUGCAAGAGAACUCUUUCCCCCUUGCUCUGAGGUGUGAACAGAGACUGGGAAUUUGGAAGGUUGCCAGAGUAACUGGGUGAAUAAGUCAUAUUUCUUAAAUCUACAAUAGUCUCCGCUGUGUUUCAAUUCUCCAAAUGAACACAGACCCUGGGUGAGUGCCUAGAACCCCUAGGAAUCUGGGAGAGAGUGGGUGAUAAUUCCUUAACAGAAAUUAUUUUUCAUGUAAUAUUGGAUAUUGGACAGUGAACCAAAGGCUAGAUCUACGCAGCUAUUAAAAAACGCUAUGCAAAAAACGGUUGGUAAGCUCACAACCGAAAAAAGCAUUGAGUUGCGAUUUCAGCUGUACGGUUCCGUCUGGUGUCACAGUGUUAUAACGCAUUUAUAACGCUGUAUUUUGACUAGUGUAGCUGAAUGCAAGGUGCAUGUAACACUCAGAACUUACAAGAGCGGUGAAUUUAACAAGCUAAACCAAACCAAACCAAACCAAAUCAAAUGUUUCAGGUUGGGUUUAAGCCACUGAGGGUGCUACGCAAGCGCAACAAAGCCCUGAGGAAAAUCAGAAGGAUGCUGAAGAAAGGAGAGCUUCAAGUCACACCUGUAAGUAUUGUGCAUUCAUUCAAUGGUGCAGACCUCUCACUGAAUUUACAAGUGUCUCAUCCCAGUCAACAAACCUUGCAGGAGUCUGAAGAUCAUUUUUUAAAGUCACUGGGGCUAGUGGGGGCUCCCAAAUGUUGUUGUUGUUGUUGUUGUUGUUGUUGUUGUUGUUUAGUCGUUUAGUCGUGUCCGACUCUUCGUGACCCCAUGGACCAGAGCACGCCAGGCACUCCUGUCUUCCACUGCCUCCCGCAGUUUGGUCAAACUCAUGUUUGUAGCUUCGAGAACGCUAUCCAACCAUCUCAUCCUCUGUCAUCCCCUUCUCCUUGUGCCCUCCAUCUUUCCCAACAUCAGGGUCUUUUCCAGAGAGUCUUCUCUUCUCAUGAGGUGGCCAAAGUACUGGAGCCUCAGCUUCAGAAUCUGUCCUUCCAGUGAGCACUCAGGGCUGAUUUCCUUCAGAAUGGAUAGGUUUGAUCUUCUUGCAGCCCAUGGGACUCUCAAGAGUCUCCUCCAGCACCAUAAUUCAAAAGCAUCAAUUCUUUGGCGAUCAGCCUUCUUUAUGGUCCAGUUCUCACUUCCAUACAUCACUACUGGGAAAACAAAUAUUACAUAUACUCCCAAUAUUACAUAUACUUAUGUAUAUGUAAUAUUGGGAGCAUAUGUAAUAUGUAGGCAUUAGCAGUACACUCAGGUGUAAGACACAUGCCAGGCUGCCAUCAAGUGACACAAUGUUCAGCAAUGCCAUUUUACCAUAAGAGACGGAAAGCGGCAGUUUUUAGAGCAUUCCCUGAGAUCAUAAAAAGCUGGCAGUUGAAGAAAGUGCCUGUAUAAACCUGUACAAACUGACAUAUUUUUGAAUUAAAACUAAGAUUUCUUUUAAAAAACAAACAAACCCUAAGAUCUCUUGGAUUGGGGUGUGCAACAUUUUUUUCUGUCCAGGAUCGCGUUCCUUCAUGAAUAAUCUAUUUGGGGUUGCUCUAGGUCAUGGCUAGGCAAACUAAGGUCCGGGGGCCGGAUCCGGCCCAAUCACCUUCUAAAUCUGGCCCGCAGAUGGUCUGGGAACCAGCGUGUUUUUACAUGAGUAGAAUGUGUCCUUUUAUUUAAAAUGCAUCUCUGGGUUAUUUGUGGGGCAUAGAAAUUCGUUCACUAUUAUUUUUUCCCCAAAAUAUAGUCUGGCCCCCCACAAGGUCUGAGGGACAGUGGACUGGCCCCCUACUGAAAAGGUUUGCUGACCCCUGCUCUAGGUUAACUAAUCUGGAACGUAGACCAAUCGCCUACUACUCUGAAAAAGUAUGCCACUUUGUUCUCAGCUGGUGGGAAAAUGUACUUUUACUAAGUCAUAUGACCAGGAAAAAAUGUUUUGUUUAUACAAUGGUACCUCGGGUUAAGUACUUAAUUCGUUCCAGAGGUCUGUUCUUAACCUGAAACUGUUCUUAACCUGAAGCACCACUUUAGCUAAUGGGGCCUCCUGCUGUCGCCGCUGGAGCACGAUUUCUGUUCUUACCCUGAAGCAAAGUUCUUAACCUGAAGCACUAUUUCUGGGUUAGCAAAGUGUGUAACCUGACGCGUAUGUAACCUGAAGCGUAUGUAACCCGAGGUACCACUGUAUAUAUAUAUAUUCAAAUAAAAUACUGCCAGCUGUUCUGAAACUAUGUAGGAAGUUGGUGGAGGGACAUUUAAAAAAACCAGGGAAAACAAGGAGGAAAUGAAUGAACAGGAAAGAAGGAACUCUUAAGUGACUGAAGAAUAGACCAGCUUUAGGGGGCAUUGGGAGUGGCAUAAAAUGAAGUUUGGGGCUUAGAGCCUAGGAAUCACAAAAAAUAGUGCCAGAAGUAGCCCUAUGCUUUCUCUUUCUCACUUACGUUCUUCUAAGAUUUACAAACCGUUACUGUCUUAAAGAAUUUCCCUCUCAUUCCUGUUUCCCCCUUCCCAGCAACUUAUAGGUAAACAGGUUACCUGUAGAACUGGCAGUCAAGUGUACUAAGUUAUCUUUUCGUUAAUAAUUGGAAUUCUGAUCAUUUUCUUCCUUUGAUACAGAAAGGCUUGAUUUGCACUGUUAACGGCAUAAGCGACUCUGACGAAGAGCUGGACAACAACAGAAUUGAAGAACUGGACCAGCCCACAUAUACCAAAGACUUGCCAAUUCAGAUAGACUGGAACUCAGACCUUCCUCCCAACAUCAUGGUUCCGAAAAUCGACACACACAGCGUCAUCCUUGAUUUCUCGGCUGUGUCGUUUCUUGAUGUUUCUGCUUUGAGAGUCCUUGGACAGGUAAUGGUCCUCCGUACAUCUUCCAGCCAACAAGUGUAAAGCUAAUUAUUCCUUCAUUUUAUUACAUUUGUGUCUCACAUUCAGUCUAAGAACCCCAAAGCGCAGUGUACAUUGCUUUUUUCUGUACUCCUUUUUGUAAUGCGCACUACAAACCUGUGAGAUAAGUUAGACUGAUAAAUGGUGAACAACUGAAUUUAGUCCAAAUAACAAUUUCAACCUCAGCUUCCCAAUCCUAGUCUGAUGUUAUACCACGCUGGAACAAAAUACAUGUUUAUUCUGCACAGCUCAUUCAAUGGACAAAAACCUGUAACCCUAAAGAGCCACAGAACAGGCAUGUUUUAGAAAUCCAUCAAUUGUUUGCAUUCUUCGGGACAUGUCAGAUCUCACCAUGCGGCAAGAGGGAGUGAAAAACCAGGCAUAUGAAAGUGACGGGCAAAAGUUGACUUUACUGUGUCAAACACAAAUGUGAAAAUCCAACUUAAAAUUACUACAGUCGUACCUUGGAAGUCGAACAGAAUCCUUUCAGGAAGUCCAUUCGACUUCCAAAAUGUUCGAAAACCAAAGCGCAGCUUCUUAUUGGCUGCAGGAAGCUCCUGCAGCCAAUCUGAAGCCACGGAAGCCCCAUCAGACAUUCAACUUCCGAAAGAACAUUCGAAAACCGGAACACUCACUUCUGGGUUUCGAUAGUUCGGGAGCCGAUUUGUUCGGGAGCCAAGGCGUUUGAGAUCCAAGGUACGACUGUAUACUGUACCAAUAAGACACAGCAUGGAUAUAUUACUUUGGUGUGUUCAAACCACAUUGCGCAUGUUACUUCAUUAAUCCUGUAUGGAAAGCCAGAAUUACCAUCCAAAUAUUGCAGACAGGAAUGGGAGAGUGGGGAGGAACUCUGAAGUUUGGAAGUGGUGACUUGCUUACGGUCACCUAGUAAGCUUGUGACAGAAGCAAGCUUUUAACAGUUAAUCCUGCCGUCAACCUAUCUGUAAAUUUCUCAUUUAACAGACUUUGAAAGAAUUUGUCCGGAUUGAUGUGGAUGUAUAUAUUGUGGGAGCACACGGUAAGUUGAACCCAUUCUAUUUUUUAUUAUUUAAAGAACAGCAGUGGCAUGUUCAAAGUUUGUGUCUUAAGUCUGCCCCUAAAAUGCUAAAAGUACUUACUUACACAUGAUUCCCAGAAAUUUCAGUGGCGCUUUUUCUUCAGUUGUACGAGUGAUGAACACAGUGUAGCCUGGCACCCCAAUCUUAAAUAUAGUUACCCAGAAAUAGAUCUCAGCUACUUACAGUACACAGUUAGAACAAUUUCCUCAGAGGCUAUCUGAGGACGAGGCUAUUUGGGACGCGGGUGGCACUGUGGUCUAAACCACAGAGCCUAGGACUUGCCGAUCAGAAGGUCAGCGGUUUGAAUCCCCGCAGUGGGGUGAGCUCCCAUUGCUCAGUCCCAGCUCCUGCCAACCUAGCAGUUUGAAAACACGUCAAAGUAAAAGUAGAUAAAUAGGUACCACUCCAGCGGGAAGGUAAACGGCGUUUCCGUGCACUGCUCUGGUUUUGCCAGAAGUGGCUUAGUCAUGCUGGCCACAUGACCCGGAAAAACUGUCUGCGGACAAACGUCGGCUCCCUUGGCCAGUAAAGCGAGAUGAGCGCAGCAACCCCAGAGUCGUUUGCGACUGGACCUAACUGUCAGGCGUCCUUUACCUUUUUUAAUCUAUAUUUUAAGCUUUAGGGUCACAUGGCGUACUCUUGCUUUGUACCAAAUGGCAUCAACGUUAAACCAAGGUCCUGUGGAGUUUGGGGUGAUGUUGCCUGAUGUAGAAAGGCAGACCACAGCUAACAAUCAGCAAUUAAAAGUGAAUCUUCUAGUCGCUCAUAGGAGUAAGCCUGACCUUUUGCAAUGAUGAGAGAUACCCGCUGAUCUGCUCUGGCCUGUUAGUGUAAAGAGAUUUCCUUGCUGUGGAGGCUUAUCUACCUAGAGCUUCUUAGGCAGAGCAAGAUGGGUGCAUCCCUGCCUAUCAUCUCUCCGGUUGCCAGUUCCAAAAUCUACUGCCAGCUUGACUCCUGACAAUCAGUGUCAGGUGGUGGGUUUGCCCCUCUGUUUGUUUCAAAGCGAAACAUUUAUGAAAGUGACGAGUUGGGAAGCCCACGACCAAGUUCCUGAAUCUGAAAUAAAAUAUUGAAAGACCUACAUUGGCUCCCAGUACAUUUCCGAGCACAAUUCAAAGUGUUGGUGCUGACCUUUAAAGCCCUAAACAACCUCGUUCCAGUAUAUCUGAAGGAGCGUCUCCACCCCCAUCAUUCUGCCCGGAUGCUGAGGUCCAGCGCCGAGGGCCUUCCGGUGGUUCCCUCGCUGCAAGAAGCCAAGUUACAGGGAACCAGGCAGAGGGCCUUCUCGGUAGUGGCGCCCUCCCUGUGGAACGCCCUCCCAUCAGAUGUCAAAGAGAAAAAUAACUACCAAACUUUUAGAAGACAUCUAAAGGCAGCCCUGUUUAGGGAAGCUUUUAAUGUUUAAUAGGUUAUUGUACUUUAGUGUUUUGUUGGAAGCUGCCCAGAGUGGCUGGAGAGACCCAGCCAGAUGGGCGGGGUAUAAAUAAAUAAAUUAUUAUUAUUAUUAUUAUUAUUAUUAUUAUUAUUACUACUACUACUACUACUACUAAAAUAAAUUUGAGUGUUGUGCUUGAGACUUUUUACUAACCUUUUUUCCUGGCUUGGAAACCUGUUUUCUUUCCCCCUCUAGAUGGCGUUCUGGAUAAACUGGAAAGAUGUGGAUUUUUUGAUGAUGAAAUUAAACCAUCCAUGUUUUUCCUCACCAUCCAUGAUGCAGUUUUAUACAUAUUGCUAAAAAAGGACCUGGAGCUCAGCGCACCAAAGUACAAACCCAAUAUGGUAAGAAAAAGGCUGCAGUAACUGCUCUUCACUUGGGCAAACGUCUUACCUUUUGUUCAUAUUAGAAACCACAGCUGUACAUUUGCAUAUAGGUAGGUUUCUAAGGCCAUCCCUCCAUCCAUAGUAACUUGGCCUGGAGACAGAUUUGGUUGAAAUAAAAGUAAUUCCUGUUGUGAGCAGAAUCUCAAACUGAAUUACUGAGGUCAGUUUGGCAAAACUACGAACAAACUGAUACUUUAAAUGCUGUGUUGGCUAGGGCUGGUAGGGUGAAAAACAGGGAGUCUAACAGUAGGUGGCGCUGUUGUUGUUGUUGUUUAGUCGUGUCGGACUCUUCGUGACCCCAUGGACUAGAGCACGCCAGGCACUCCUGUCUUCCACUGCCUCCCACAGUUUGGUCAGACUCAUGUUUGUAGCUUCGAGAAUUGGCGCUGUAGGCAAAGCCAAUUCAUUCUACAUUUUGCCCCCAUGUUCCUCCCUGCCGAGUUUUACAAGGGACAGCACAGAGACGGACUGGACUGGAUAUAAAAGCGGCAGGAAGGGACGGCCUGAGUGCAGACUAAAGGUGGUGGGCAGUGGCGGACUUGGGCUUUAAAAUUUCAGUGACGCCCUGUGCCACACCAAAACUUCGUGCCCCCUCCACCUCCCAUUGUUUGUCAUUGUUGAGGUGCCCUCUGUGGCACCCUCAUGGCUUGGCAGGUGAACCGGUUGCGCUCCCUUAAACCCGCCUCUGUGGUGUGGCAGCAGCCCACUUGCUCUAAUGGACCAGCGCCCACUACUAAGGCUGGGCGAUAUCUGGUUUUCAACACCGCGAUAUAUAUCACCAGAUAAACAUUGCGAUAUGCCGAUAUAUCGCAAUGUCUGGAAUAAGGGUGGAGCUACGCAGAGCAAGAUGGCUUCCUGGUUUUCCCCACAUUGUGAUUUUUGCAUAGCCCACAAACGUCAUGAUUCGCGAUAUAUUGCCAGGUCAAAAAUCAAGAAACUGCUAUCACAAUACGGACUUCAAACCGGUUUUGGAUGAUAUACUGAUAUCUCACUCAACCCUACCAGCUACUUCUUUAAAAACCCAUAUCCUUACUAACUCUUAACCCGUCUAUUCCGUCACAGGAAAAAGAAGACAAGGAUCAUUAUGUAAUCAAUACAAAUGGACUACGCAGUCGGGAGCUCAUGGUAAGGGACACUUCCCUACCCAAUUUUUUUAAAUCAUCAGUAAAGAUAGAAGCAUGGGGGGGCCUAUUGCCCUGAAACCGAUCUGCUAAAAGAAACAAGUGCAGUCCCUUUUGCAGGAAGGUAGAACUGAGGCCCCAAUAGGCAUGGUCAGUUUAAGUAUGCAAUGCAAGUAGAUAAAUAGGUACCGCUCCGGCAGGAAGGUAAACGGCGUUUCCGUGCGCUGCUCUGGUUCGCCAGAAGCGGCUUAGUCAUGCUGGCCACAUGACCCGGAAGCUGUACGCCGGCUCCCUCGGCCAAUAAAGCGAGAUGAGCGCCGCAACCCCAGAGUCGUCCACAACUGGACCUAAUGGUCAGGGGUCCCUUUACCUUUACCUUAUGCCUUCCAUUUGACUGGCUCCAUCAAUAUUGCUAUACCUUAUGGCAGCGACAAAUUAAGCAGUGGCUGCGUAUCUAGUCAACAGAAGACACAACUGCAUAGUGACGGUCAACUCCUAACAUAACUUGAAAUUUUGGGACAGUGCUGGGGGAAGGCGUUUUUUUACUUUAUUUUUGAUAUUAAUAUUUAUUCGUCUUUUUCUCCCAAAAGGCGAACUCAAAAGCAACUUGCAAAAGCUGAGCCAUUUUUAAUUUGCUUCUUUCCACCCCACAGGCACCAUCAGAAACAAAAUUCUAAUUGUCAUACUCACUGAUGAGCAGGAAACCCAAAUGCUGGGAGUAUAAAACCGCUGGAAAACCAUCUAUGCACUGUCAGUGUUGGGGGAACCAGUUCAAUCUUGGAGAAAACCGCUUUAUACCAUGGGUGUAUAUGCCAAUAUUAAUUCUGAUUUGACUCUUCCCACCCUUGUGCUAAUGUAACCAGAACUGUACCACUGAGACACAAGAGAGAAGUACCGGCUGACAAAGGACACACAGGUACAAAAAGUCUGAAGCUCCUUGAUGGCUAAGGGGCACAGAAAGUUGAGAGGGGGGAAUUGACAACUUAGUCAGUCAGGUGGCUGGAACAGGAAGACAGAAAAAUGUGGAGUAGAAUCACCUCAUUGUCUGCAAGUGCUAUUUUUCUAGAAAAAUGAGGUGCCGGAAAUCACCAUGAACACCUCUUCUUCUCUUAUACAGUGGAUGCUCAGGUUGCGAACGUGAUCCGUGAGGGAAGCACGUUCGUAACCCGCAGCAGCGUGUCUGUGCAUGUGCGGGUCGCGAUUCAGCGCUUCUGCGCAUGCGCCGAAACCCGGAGGUAACCUGUUCUGGUACUUCCGGGUUCGGAGCAGUGUGCAACCCGAAAUCACACAACCUGAAGCUUCUGUAAGCUGUAAUGGCAAUGGCGCCCAUCUGAGAGAUGCUGGAUCUGAGAGUUCCGGCGAGUUCCGGCUGAAAAACUAGGUGACUUCCUAGUUCACACUGGUAAUAUGUUUCUCAGUGUCCCAGUGGCCAGAAGAGAAAAUUACGCAUAUAAAUCAAUGGAGAAACAUUUAAAAAUCAACGUAGCUAGGACUGAGCAGUGGGUGGGGUGGUUCACCCAACCCACCCCACAACAAAACCCCACCCCAUGCAGGGGAAAGGGGGGGAGGAUACUUGAAACAGGGGAACUAAGCAUACCCAUAGCUGUCAACUUUUCCCUUGUCUUGCAAUGAAUCCUAUUCGGAAUAAGGGAAUUUCCCUUUAAAAAAGGGAAACAUUGACAGCUAUGAGCAUACCCUGUGGGCAUGGAUGGGGGAGGGGGUUGCAAUAACCAAGGGGGGGUGUUUGUGUGAAUGGAGUCAUGUAGCUGGAACCCUGAACAGAAGCACUCCUCAUUGCAACAUUUUGUAUAUGUAUACUAUAAAAAAAAUGCCGCACUUGUAAAUGUAUAAAACGAAAAAGUGGAAGUUUGAUAUUAUAAAAUACCUAAUUGUCAAUCUGCCAUCUCAAAAGUUCAAUGUAAAUUCAGCACCAGCUCAUAGAACAUGUAUAUCUGUAAAUAAUUCAAAGAUAAAUUGUACAGUCACGAGUGUAAAAUUGUUUGUAUGACAGUUCAAAAUAUUUUCCAUUUUAUACUGUCUUAUGUUUUAUCUUGUAUAUGUGACCUACAUAAAGUUUUUUUUUAAAAGGC